AUGCUGCUAUUAAUUACGAAUGGGAUCUUCUCCGCAAUUUUAUUUUUAGUGGUUGGAUUUCCACCUUUAUACAUCAAUCGAUGUUUUUCGCCUGAAGAGGACGCUCAUUCACCCUGUAUAAAUGAGAUCUGCUCCGAUAUUACUAUCAGUAACCUUGUGAAGGAAAAGCUUUAUCUUCUAGUUUCUAUACCCUUAUGUGUGACGGCUAACUGCAUCUUUCUCUACUUUACCUACUAUCGGUCCAUCCGAUUUAUUCAGUUCCGCGUUGAGAAAAAUAUUCUUUCGCUAUGUGAAUACAAAUGCGAGGUUCAGAAAAUAAGAAAUGAGCUAGAUGGCCAUUCGUCGGGAAUCAAUCGUUCUUCAAUGUUGAAUCUCAAAAGUUUACGUGGUGAAGUUAUGUCUCCCAUACAACUACACAACCUUAGUGCAACUCAACCUAAAGACAGCGAGUUGAACGCACCCAAUACUGUCAGAGGCGCUAACAUAACUUCGAUCUUAAGUUGGCGUUCACGUGCUGAAUUUAUCCGAUACUCUAGACCAAAUAAUGUUAAAAAGGACACUUAUGUUAUCCCUGUUAUCUUCCGGGAAAUUCGAGCGCUUUACAUUGAAGUGGAAAACAUAUUUUUUACGUCUGCCAUGAUCGCAGAGAAAAACUUUCUCAUUGUUAAGUAUAAACUUGUGGACACGGCGGAACCACAGCCUAAUGUCAAUUUGAAGCCAACGAAGACUUCCAAAGAGUCAACAUCAGAGGAUUAUUCCAAUUCCAAACGUAUUCCUGCCCUCUUGCUAGGGGUUUCUGUUCGGAAACAAUUACUCUGGCAACAACAAAAGCAACAUACGCGCGAGCUCCACUCAUACGCCGGACGUCCUAUGGGCACAAAUGCUGUUGUGCACAUAAAACCAACCUCCAAUCUUAACUAUUUUCACUCGAAGCCUUUAAUGCUAACAGAUGUGAAGAGCAACGCAAGGCCCUCCCUUGCCUUACACCACAAUUCUGAUAACCAACUCGACACUGGUAACAAUGGAUUUGAAGUGUCGGAUCCAUUAUCAACUACGCCUCAUUACCCAAAAUAA